AUGCUUGAUGGACGUGUUUGGCUCUGCAGUUUCAAUGUUCUCGCAGUCGUUGCCAUUGCCUGGCGGGCGCGCGCUCCUUGUCGAGAUGUCCAGUUACCACGAGUGAGAUCGAUGUUUUCUUCGUUCCAUGCCACGAUGAAGCGGGUACUCUGCAUGACACCACCGCACCCGUUGCAUCGUCAUUUGAAGGGUAUGGCAGACAAGCGACUUAAUGAGCAACUUGUUUGGGGGUGCCCCUGGACUCUGUUUGCAGCCGUCUGUUACAAUUCAAUUCAGUUGUAUCAAGACGAUACGUCCCAGCUCACGCACUACAUGAACUUAGGAAUGGGAACCUUUGCUAUGCUGGGCGCCGUCAGACCGGAUUGGAUGACCCCGAAAGUCUUUCUCUGUUUCCAUUUCUGUGUCUAUGUCACCUUCAUCAUUAUUGCGAUCAAUACCACAUCCAGAAUUGAGUUCUUGAAUGCGAGCCGCGUGAGAAUAUGUUUCCGUUCCAUGUUCUGUUUAAUACACGCAAAGCCCAUGUUGUCCUUGUGUUUUGGCAGUGUGUACGUCGCAGUUGUCUCAGCUUUUGCUCCGUGGCAUGACCCUGUAGACGUACGUCAGGAAUUGCUUGUCACAUUCUUUGUUAGCAUCUCAGCAGCCGUCGUCGCAUGGUCCCGCGAUUCAGAGUUUUUGGCAAUUCUGGAGGCCAAGGCGUCACGACAGUUCGAGUCUACAGCGGACGGGCUGCUGUCAAGUGUGUGCGAUGCAGUGGUACAUCUCUCGAAGGAGUUUCAGCUCUCAAAGCCUUGCGCAUCCCUUGCCGCCCUGCUCCUAAGAUCAUCCAGCGAUGUGGCGGCGGGAGUCCACUUUUCCAAUCUAGCGUUUGAUGCCACUGAGAGAGAGCGUCUGCUUCGUUUCUUGGAGCGGCCCAUAUCCGAUACCUACAGCCUCCACAUGUCCUUUAGGGAUUCAUGGGGCAUGCCGGUAAAAGUUGAGCUCUUUCACGCCCGGGGCGUUGACAUACACGACGAGUUGAUCCACAUCGUAGGUGUGAAGGAAGAUUCGGAAGAGCCGCGGGCGGCGCGUCCAGGGGUGUUAUGCUGCAGCCCAGAGUCACAGAAUUCAAGCACUUUCGCAGGCAUCCCAGAGAGUUGUAUCAGUAUCUCGACGUCUGAUUCCUCUGGUCUGCUGAUCGACCCCUCGUGCACUGAGAUGGCUGUUCUCAUUGACGCAGAGAGUUCUGGUAUGCCCGUGCUGCGGUGCUCACCCGAUUUCUUGAGUUUGUGUGGACCCAUAUGCGAGGGCCCAAAGCUGCUGCAGUGGGUCAUUAAUCGUGCCGACUUUAUGGGUUGGGCGGACACGGCCUACAACGAUCUGCUUGAUGCUCGUGAUGUAGACCUUGUGCAGGGUGAUGUUCUGGCUGCACAGCCAUUCCGAAUCCGCCUCAAGCUGCCUCACAUGGGCCCGAGAGUCCUCGAAGUAUCGGCGAACGCAAAGUUCAAAUUUCCAUCAUUCGAAGACCCACCAGAGGGUGACGAUGGCGGAGUGGCCAUUGCUCAAGGGAUCUUGUUGAUGCUGGAGGACGUCGUCUUCCUCCGCAGGGGACGUCGGGCACCGAGGCUGUCAUUGUGA